AUGGAUUCUGACAUUUGUGAUGAUGAAGCAAAUACUUGGAGGAUCUGCGUCGAGAAAAACUUGGGAAAUCGUGAAUUAGAAUUCAAAUGUGUUAACGAGCAAGCGUUAUUUGAUCGCUGCAUCCGUGAUUGGCGCUCAAAUGGUGGUCAAAAUGUGAAAAUAAAGGGUGAAAAUGAGGGUGAACCACCACCGCAAUGCGCAGCAAUGUCAUGCCUUGUAGGCUUGUGUCUGCGCAACACGGAUUAUGACUUUCAGAGAUGCGGACUUCCCAUGCAAUAUUUUAAGCAUUGCGUGAAGAGUUUUUACGGAUCAGAGUAUGUCACGUAG